CAAAUUCUGUGGUUGAGGUUGAGGACUGUGUUCACGUCACUGUCAGACUUUUAAUAUAUUUAUUUGACAGCUGUUUGGUGUUUCGUAGCAAAUGCAAACGCAAUACAAUGAAUUAAAUCGAUUUUUGCCUCUACAUUAGUAUAUAAGUGUAAAAAAUGAAUUGGUUAAGGAUACCGACCAGUGUUAAGCAGUUCACUAGGCAGAUAGUUUAUGUGCCAAAACAUAAACCACCAAAUCAUGAAGAUUUUGAGGUUCUUAAAGAUUUUUUAUCUAAACACAAAAAUAUUCUUAUCCUGACUGGUGCUGGUAUUUCAACAGAAUCUGGAAUCCCCGACUACAGAUCAGAGGAAGUUGGUUUAUACGCUCGGAGCAAUCACAAGCCUAUACAAUACCAAGAAUUCGUGAAAUAUCCUAAAGUGAGGCAAAGGUACUGGGCCAGGAAUUUCGUUGGAUGGCCAAGGUUCAGCGCUGUGCAGCCAAAUGCCACACAUUUGGCUAUCAGAGAGUUGGAAAAGAUGGGCAAGGUGACAUCAAUAGUGACACAGAAUGUAGACAGACUCCAUCAAAAAGCAGGCUCUGAAAAUGUAAUAGAACUUCAUGGGUCUGGGUACAUUGUAAAAUGUUUGAAAUGCCCUUAUGAGAUCAGCAGGGAAGAGCUACAAGUGCAACUUUUGAAAAAUAACUCAUACAUGGAAAGCAAUUUUACUAUGAUAAGACCAGAUGGCGAUGUAGAAUUACCAAGAGAACAAGUGGAUAAAUUCAGGUCCCCACUCUGCCCAAAAUGUGAAGGCCCUUUGAAACCAGACAUAGUGUUCUUUGGUGAUAAUGUCCCAAAACAGAGAGUAGACCAAGUCAGGAGUGCUGUGUCCUCCAGUGAUGCAGUGUUUGUUUUAGGUUCUAGUCUGACAGUUUAUUCAAGCUAUAGAAUAAUUUUACAAGCCCGAGAUGAACAUAAGAAUAUAGCCUUACUUAAUAUAGGCCCGACUAGAGCUGAUGAUAUAAUACAAAUCAAAGUAUCUACCAAAUGUGGUGACAUUCUACCCGAGUUAUGUAAUUCUUUAAAAAAGAACCUUAGUUGAUGUUGUAGUACCUGAUUAUGUUUGUUAUAAAUUUUAUGUUGUGAUAUAUUUUGCUACCUCAGAGAAAUGUUAUUGUAUAGAUAGAUCAAAUUUUAAUUUUUCAAUAAAUAAAAUUCUGCAAAAUGA